AUGGUGAUUUUCAACACUGCAAUAAAUGCCCGUCAUCAAUGGCAGCAGGCCAUGCUUUUGCUCGCUGAGACUGGUACUCGAAGAUUGCCAAGCUUUCCGAUCGCUCGCAGUGCACUGACUGCAUGCAGUCGACAAAGUGAAUGGCUUUUAGCGGUGAAUCUGCUGGAGAAGCUCCAAGAUCAUGGUUUAGAGGCACAUGAGCUUUUGAAUCUGCUGAAUGUGGCGGUCUACGCCUGUGAACGGGCGCAACGCUGGCCUGUGGCACUGGCAUUGAUGGAAGGUGGCCAUUUACUCCCCGGUCAUGCUCCAACCUAUGCAGCAGCUUUACAGGGCUUUGGAGAGAGACAGUGGCAGCAGGCCAUAGCGUUUCUUGUUGAGCUGGAAGAUCAACGUUGUGCAGAAGAAGUUGCUUAUUCUGCUGGGUUGAGCGUUUGUUCUGCACAUUGGGAGGUGUCUUUGUCGUUGCUGCAGAAGAUGAAAGACCAGCAGCUCCCUUUCUGGCAUGCAAUGAGCACAUUUGUGCAUGCUACUGCCAAAGCCACGGAAUGGGAAGUUGCCUUGAGGAUUUUCAGGGACUCUGAUCUCAAAGAUAUGGACGUGGUGGCUUUCAAUGCAGCGAUCGGCGCUUGCCAGUUUGCCCAACGCUGGCAAGAAGCCUUUUGGCUGCUGUCAGAGCUGCAGAGAAACGAUUUGCAGGCGGAUGAUGUCUCCUAUCUUGGGGCUAUUGGAGCCUGUGGCAAAGCGCUGCAAUGGGAAAAGGCCUCGAUGCUCUUGAAGUCAGCUCCAAAGAAGUUGGAGGUUUUCAACAGUGUUAUGAGUGCCUGCGCAAGGAGCAGCAAGUGGGUGCAAGCCCUUCAAGUCUUUGCAGAAACUCGGAGGUCUUCUGCGCCAGACAUCGUUAGCUACAACACCCUGAUCAGCGCUUGUGGCCGUGGUUCGCAGAGAGAGCUGGCUAUGAGGAUAUUGAAUGAGCUCAAGAGCUCCCACAUGCAGCCGGACCUAUUCACCUUCAGCUCUGCAAUAAGCCUAUGCCAAGGGCACGAGGCACUACACAUGAUGCAGGAGUUGAAUCAGCUGUCGGUCCAGGCCAACUUGGUGAUCUACACAGCAGCCAUCGGUGCCUGUGGACGUGGACGUCAAUGGUCCGAAGCCUUGCACCUCUUUGAUGAGAUGAAGGAAUCCCACAUACCUCCGACGACUUUUAGCUUCAACACUGUCAUGAAGGCCUGUGAUGAGCAGUGGCCAAUCCCUUUGGUCUUAUUCCGGGAUAUCUCCCGGCCGAACAGCUUCUCAUAUCUAGCCGUGAUGAGCAGCAGCAUCAACGCUGGCCAAUGGCAGGAGACUUUCCAUCUUCUCCGAGAGGCCGAGCGCAGGAACUUUCAGGAAGAGGACAUGAUGCCCUUGCGGAACACGGUGAUCAGUGCUUGUGGUCGAUCUGAAAAUUGGAUGGAGGCCUUUGCCCUGGCGAACGACCUGGCCGAACGCCAGGUGUCCCUGAAUUUGGUGACAUACAACACUCUGCUCGACAUCUCCAGCAAGUCUCUUCCGUGGCAGUCAAGUCUUCAAAUCUUUAGCCAACUACGGGCGAAAGGUUUGGAGACUGACGUCAUCACCCACAACUCCCUCAUCAACGCCAUGGCCGCCAACAAGCAAUGGCAACUGGCUUUUGUUCUCCUCAAUGAACUCCAGGCACAAGACCUGGAAGUGGAUGCUGUCGGCGUGAGCACGGCCCUUGAUGCCUACAUGAAAACACUGGAGUGA